GCUGUGAUGUGUUUUGUGUGGUCAAGCGUGCGAUCUUAGGAGCGCAGCAAAGUGGAUCCUCAUGGCGACCAGGUCCAACUCGUGGAAUCCAAUCGCCUUUUUACCGGCCCAAGUCAGUCUUAUUGGCGGCUCGAUCUACGCCGUCCUGAUAACGGCGCUGCUAUUCACGCAUUUGACCAUACCAUCAGUACCCUCGAGCGUAUCAAUAUCAUCUGUCAAUAUCACUGAAGCAUGGCAUGAUCUUGGAGUCAUCGCGACCGGAUAUCAUCCCUGGGGCAGUCGGCGCAAUGACGCUGUAAGAGAAUAUCUGCUGGAAAGAGUCGGACAAAUACUGGAGCGUAAUGGCGCAGAUUACAAAACUGUUUUCGCCUCGGACAAGAAUCGCUUGACAUCAGGCAUAUCCAGCCCAAAGCUUGUGACCGUCUUCGCCAAUGACACAUCCAACUUCACUUCUAGAGAUGAUUGGAGCUUCCGCCCUCUGACUCUCUAUGGCGAGUCGGCCAACAUCAUAGUGUACAUACGCGGCAAGGAUGAUGAAAAGGACGACUGGUGGAACACCACGACCAAAUAUCGCGGAUCUAGCGGAGUGCUAGUAAAUGCACAUUUCGACUCCGUACCGUCUGCGGUUGGCGCCACUGAUGAUGGAGUUGGUGUUGUCACGAUUCUGCAGCUCAUCUCGCACUACACCAGCAAGGGAAAUCGGCCAAAGCGAGGCAUCAUCGCGCUGUUGAACAACGGCGAAGAGAACGGUUUGUAUGGUGCUCGUAAUUACAUGCAACAUCCAAUCGCACAAUUGCCUCAUACCUUUCUCAACCUCGAGGGAGCCGGAGCUGGCGGUCGAGCAACACUCUUCCGCUCAACCGAUGCGGAGGUCACUCGGGCCUACUCCAAAAGCCCUUAUCCAUUCGGCUCCGUCAUUAGCGGCGACGGCUUCAAACGCAACUUCAUUCGAAGCGGCACCGAUUACACCAUCUUCACACAGGACCUUGGAAUGAGAGGUUUAGAUGUUGCCUUCUUCGCGCCUCGCGCCCGCUACCACACCGAUGAGGAUGACGCGCGAGACACAAGCCGGAACUCUUUAUGGCAUAUGCUCUCCGCUUCGCUUGCUACUAUGGACGAAUUGACGUCUUAUGCUGGCGACGAAUUUGAGGGAACCACAGAUCGCUCUGGCAAAUUCAAGCUGUCCACUGGAAGUGAUGCUAUUUGGUUUGAUUUGUUCGGGCGAGCCUUCGCCGUCAUGCGUAUGGCAACACUGUUCGGGUUGUCUGUGGCGCUUUUGACUGCUGGUCCGGUUGUCUUCAUCUUCUUACAUGUCUUGAUACAGCGCAGCGGCAAAUGGUAUCCAUUUUCGACAAGGAAAUAUCUUCGCUCAUCAGACGACGACGAGUCGGCUCAACUCCACGGAGUUCGUGGGUUUUUUCGCUUUCCCAUCGCUGUUGUUGUGGCUUCGGCGGCGGUGGUAGGCCUCGCAUAUCUGUUGACGAAGCUGAAUCCUUACAUUCUAUACGGCCACCAGUACACGGUCUGGGCCAUGAUGUUAAGCAUCUGGUUCUUCGUUGCCUGGUUCAUCCUUGCCGGCGCUUCAAACGUGCGUCCUACAGCUCUCCAGCGUAUGUACGCCCUGAUUUGGUUGUAUAUCCUGUCCUGGAUUGGUCUGGUCUUUGCCACUGUUGGUGAGAACAACCUCCACCUAGGAUCUGGGUAUUUCCUGGUCAUCUAUAACGCUUCGGUCUGGACAGCGCUCUUUAUAUCCUACCUUGAGCUUUUCGCAUUGCCGAAGAAGUCCAAAUACGUGGAACAUGUUCUUGGAGCUCAGAGCGAUGCAGUAUCGACGCGGCCUGGAAGCAUCUCCUCGCGAAGAAUUUUGUCGAGCAGUGACGAUGGUCGGCAUGACGUGAUCGAUGGUGAUGACAUCACAGAGACGACCUCUCUUCUAAGGGGCAGGACUGCGAACUCCAACAAGACAUUUCCUUCUUUCUCCAGGCGUCGGCGUGCAGAUCGAGACGAGGUUCCUGACGAUACUGAGGAUCCAUACCUCAAUAGAGCGUACAUGAACGAGCAAGCAUGGUCGAGCUCGUUGCCGCAGUGGACCUGGAUUAUUCAAUUCCUUAUUCUGGCGCCUAUCAACGUCAUCCUCGUAGGACAGAUUGGUCUUUUGCUCACCUCAGCCUUGAGUCAGACCUCAGCUGAUGGCAAUGGAGUACUCGUGGUCUAUCUGUUCCUGGCGGCUUUAACAGUUCUACUGCUCCUCCCAUUGACACCCUUUCUUCACCGGUUCAGCUUCCACAUUCCACUUGCACUGCUGCUGGUGUUCGCUGGUUGUCUUACUUUCUCACUUGUGUCUUUCCCCUUCUCGAGAGAGGCGCGUAUGAAAUUUUACUUUAUCCAGCAAGUCAAUCUGGACGAGGGCAGUAACAAUGUUACCAUUCGUGGUCUUAACGGCUACAUUCAGGACGUCAUUGCUGAGCUUCCAAGCAGCAGCGACCAAGCACUGUCAUGCCACGCUUGGGAUCCGAAGACGAGUUCGAACAUUAACAUCUGCAAUUUUGAGGGCAUUCUACCUCAACUCGUCCCGCAUAAUUACUCGACUAUCACCACAAGCAAGUCAGAGCUUAAGUCCUGGCUGAAGUACAAUAUCUCACACAAAGAUAACCACGCAACUAUCACGCUCCAAGGGCUCAACACGAAAAUUUGCCAGCUUGUUUUCAACAACGCAGUUUCUGAAGUUCGUAUCGAAGGCUCAGGCUCGGAUCCUCGGAUGCGUCCUGUCGCUGACGGCGGUAGCUCUCAAGUUCAUCUUUUCAGCCGCACCUGGGACAAGACUUUCAAAGUCGACGUUGCCUGGCCCGAUGCUCCCGCCAAGGGCCAGAGGGGAAGGGUGGUGUGCUCGUGGAGCGACGGCAACACCCCGGGCGUGAUACCAGCUUUUGACGAGAUCAGAAAAUUCCAGCCCGUCUGGAGUAUUGUCACCAAGGCGAGUCAUGGACUCGUUGAGGGCUACAAGGAGUUUGAGAUCUGAUCGUCUGCAUGGAAGUGCUGUCAAAUACGAUUCCCUGCUUUGAGUAGUCUCAACAGUGGUUGUUUUGCAUUGACAUAUCAUAAGAUAAGUAUCUGGCGCGGUCGCUGUAAUAAUAUUCAAUUAUACUCUGAUGAGCGAAGAAUCUGUUGUAGUUUGCGUCAAGC